CGCCGGCAGCUCGAUGGGCUUCUCCUGCGCGCCGCCCGGUGUCUGGACGAGUCCAGGAAGCCGCGGCGCCUCGUGCCGGGGAGCCAUCGCUGCAGCCCGAAGCCGGGUUCCGGGUCGGGGGCUGCAAGGGGAGGCGACGGCGGCGGCGGCGAGAGCCCCACCGGGGGCCUGGGACUGGGGAACUGCCUCCGGCUUCACGAUGCCAGUAUGGACAGAAUAGCUUAUGAUGCUUCUCCCCACCCACCACUUCCGAGACAUUGAGCGGAAGCCAGAAUACCUCCAGCCGGAGAAGUGUGUCCCACCUCCCCACCCCGGUCCUGUGGGAACCAUGUGGUUUAUCCGCGACGGCUGUGGCAUUGCCUGUGCCAUUGUCACCUGGUUUCUGGUCCUCUAUGCGGAGUUUGUGGUCCUCUUUGUCAUGCUGAUUCCAUCCCGAGACUACGUGUACAGCAUCAUCAACGGAAUUGUGUUCAACUUGCUGGCCUUCUUGGCCCUGGCUUCCCACUGCCGGGCCAUGCUGACGGACCCCGGAGCAGUGCCCAAAGGAAAUGCCACUAAAGAAUUCAUCGAGAGUUUACAGCUGAAGCCCGGACAGGUGGUGUACAAGUGUCCCAAAUGCUGCAGCAUCAAGCCCGACCGAGCCCACCACUGCAGCGUUUGUAAGCGGUGUAUUCGGAAGAUGGACCACCACUGUCCCUGGGUCAAUAACUGUGUCGGCGAGAACAACCAGAAGUACUUCGUCCUGUUUACAAUGUACAUAGCUCUCAUUUCCCUGCACGCCCUCAUCAUGGUGGGAUUCCACUUUCUGCACUGCUUUGAAGAAGACUGGACAAAGUGCAGCUCCUUCUCGCCGCCGACCACAGUGAUCCUCCUCAUCCUGCUGUGUUUCGAAGGGCUGCUCUUCCUCAUCUUCACCUCCGUGAUGUUCGGGACGCAGGUGCACUCCAUCUGCACAGACGAAACGGGAAUAGAACAAUUGAAAAAGGAAGAGAGAAGAUGGGCUAAAAAAACAAAAUGGAUGAACAUGAAAGCCGUUUUUGGCCACCCCUUCUCUCUAGGCUGGGCCAGCCCCUUUGCCACGCCAGAUCAAGGGAAGGCAGACCCGUACCAGUAUGUGGUCUGAAGGACCCGACCAGCAUUGCCACCCAGACACAAACCGCAUCACAGCACUACCGUCCCCUCCGUUCUCAUGAAUGUUUAAAUCGAAAAAAAGCAGAACAACUACUCUAAAACUUUUUUUUAAUGUCUCAAGUAAAAUGGCUGAGCAUUGCAGAGAAAAAAAAAAUGUCCCCAUGUUUUUAUUUUUAAGAGAUCAUCCCUUCUAUUUUUUUGGUGACCGAAGCUGCUCCUCUUCUUUUUUUUUUUUUUUUUUUUUUCCUUUUUUUUUUAAAUCACUUCUCUGGCCUCUGGUUUCCUCUCUGCUGUCUGUCUGGCCUGACUAACGUGGAGGGCGCUGUCUCCGGGUGGCCCGCCUCUACUAACUGAGGGAGCCGUGGGCUGGGGCACGGACGGACCACCGGCCCCGACGCCUGGUGGGGGAUACUUAGGAGAGGCAGGGGGACCCCCCCACCUCCCGCUGCCCAGGAGGCGGUGGCAGGCGCCCCCACAGGACUUAAAACGUUUUCACCGAAGACGGAUGCUUACCCCUUAUGGCCGAGACGGGCAGGAUCGGCCGGAGCCCUAAGAAGGGCCGUUGGCACAGCGGCCUCAUCCCCCAGUGUGGACACGGUUUGCCUCCUUGUACUCCAUGGGCUUGGGGUGUGCAGAGUGACUUUUGGGAGGGUGGGAUCAAAGGGGUCUUAUUUGUAUUCUGAAUCACCAAUUAUAUUCCCACGGAUUAUUUGGAAGAAUAUGAAGGAGAGACGUUUUUCCAGCUCAAAAUGCCUUACACAGUCAAAAGGAGAAAACAGAUGAUGUGGUUUCAGGUUUCCUUUGUCAGGUCUGCUUCCUCUUGGGACCACUUCCCUCCCCUUACCCCCUCCCGCUCCCAGGUGGCCGGUGAGCUGCGCUGAUGCUGAGUGACACCGCCCACCGCCCACAGCCCCCAGCGCACAGCCGUCCUGUCCUCAACCCCCUCCGCCCCAUUUUGUAAAUCCCUAAAGUGGGUUCCCUCUGAUGUCUUGGACACCUGAAUGCGCACGUAGCCACAUCUUUGUAUUUGAACCUGGGAGGCCGUCGUCCCUGCCUCUGGGGCUGACGGGGAUGUGAGGGGUCGACCUCACGGCCCCCAGAUUUCUGAAAGCUGGCAGAUGCCCCCCACCCCGACCCGGAACCAGCGGGACUGAGUGGCCUUGCCCCGUCCCCCUUGGCACUUCCCGAAUGAAAUCCCACUUCCAAGAGGAAAGCCUGAAGAGAGUGGGGAGAUGAGGGGGCCCGGGGACAGGGAGGGCCCAGCCAGUGCAGCAAUCACAGAAGUUGGAGGACUGACCAUCAGUGACUCCGUACACGUGGAUUUGGUUUUUUAUAAGUGAUCACCACAAACCUCCUUUUUGAGCUUGUGCUGGGGGUGGUGGGGCCGGGGGGUAAGGUCUACGAACCCAGUCCGGGACAGGGAGGAAGCUCGUCGAGCCGCCGUGUGGUUUUCCAUGAACCGUUCAGUGGAACAUGCUGCCUCUUUUCACUUCUGUCCGUGCUUCCACAUGGAAACAAAAUGCAAUAAAAUUUUUCCAAAACCUGUUGUCACUGAGCCGUGUUCUCUCACAGCGCUGCCUUCAGGCCGAGCCGCGCUGGCUGCCGUGGGGCCUCUGUUCCGUUGCUCCUAAAGGCUAUUUGUUUCUGCUCCUCCUCUUGAACGAGGUGUCCAAGGUGUCCACUGCGCUGUCUUUAAAGAACCCGUUAGCCGUCCGCCCUUGACCGAGCCUACCCCACCCACCCCCGGCCUCUCGCUGGCUUCUGCUGCCUGAAUCCCCGGUUACAGAAAAG